AUGGAGGUAAGCCGGGCAGCCAUACGCGGCAUCCGGGAGAGCCUCAGCACGGUGCAGGGCAGCCUGCUGCGCCUGGAGGUGGUGGUGCUCCUGAGCGCGCUCAUCCUCGCCGCCCUGGUGCUCUACGGCUCCGCGAACCGCCGGAGCAGCGACAAGCUGCUCCGCGGCGCCAUGUGGAUGGCCUACUCCAUGUCCUACGUGGUUGUCUCCUACGCCGUGGGGAUCAUCCAGGACGGGCCCUUCCGCGGCGAGACGUUCGUGCUCUGGGCGGCCGCGCUGCUGCUCAUCCAGGCGAGCGCGUACUCGGCGCCCGUGCACAGCCGCCGCGACGUGGACCAGCGCAAGAAGCUGCUGCUGCAGCACGUCCUCCAGACGUGCCUCGUGCUCUGGCUCAUCAUCAACGCCACCGGCCGCAACGCCAGCUACCGGGCCGCCAUCUGGGCGUUCUGGGCGCUCAAUGUGCUCAAGACGGCGGCCAAGAUCGCCGAGAUGAUCGAGACCAGCCGCCCCGACCUGUCCGUCAGGGUGGUCGCCGAGUACAUGGCCGAGUACGUCGACGACAGCGACCAGCAGCCUGCUGCUAACCCCGUCACCAUGCAAGGGUACACGUACAUCUUCCACGGCGAGGAGGUGAUGGAGCCGGUCAUCCACACCGGCGGCCACCGCGUCCGUGAAAACAUGCUCUCCCAGAGCGCCGCCAAAUCGGUCGUCACGAUCGACCAAGUUUACCAGUGGAUCGAUCAGCAGCCGGACAGCGAUGUCGAGAAGGACAGGGCCAAGGACUUCUGCCUCGCGUUCGCCCUGUUCAAGCUGCUGAAGCGCCGGUUCUACGGGUACGUUCCGGCGGAGGCCGGCUCGGAGAAGGCGCGCAGCCUCGUCCUGAACGGGCUCAUCCACAUGGGCACCACCGGCCCUGACGCCGCGUUCCGGGUCGUCGAGGCGGAGCUCGCCUUCCUCUACGACUUCUUCUACACCAGGAAUAUCGUGCUGGUGGGGGCCAAGACGUACAUCUGCAUCGCCGUCGCCGUGGCAGGACUGACCAUGUGGACGGCGUUCUUCGGCACGCUCGGCCCCGGCUACCAUCGCCUCCACAUCGGCGUGCGCGACCUCGACCGCUCCGUCACCAUGCUCGUCGUCGUGAUCACCGCGGGGCUCGAGGUGUUCCAGGCGGUGGCCGGCUUCUCCUCCAACUGGAGGUACGUCAAGACCGUGUACCGCUGCGUGCGCGACGACCGGCCAUGGUCAGGGCGGCGGCUGGGCCACCACCUGUGGUGGAAGCAGAGCAUCACGCCGCCGGAGACCAGGUACUGGGAAGACAAGGUCGGCCAGUACGUGCUCCUGAAGCGGUUCAACCACCAGCCGUGCAACCUGCUCUCGUGGCUGACGCUCUACCUGGUGGAGCCGCGGCGGCAGGGCCAGAAGCGGGGCCGGAGGAAGCCGCUGCAGCCCGAGGUGAAACGCGCCGUGCUCCUCUGGCUCAAGCAGAGCCAUUGCCAGCUCAGCAAUGGCGUCGUGACCCUGCGAAAGCACCAUCUGCUGCCGCGUCUGGCAUGGGCGUGCAGGCUUCCCAAGGUCACCGAUCAGAUCUUGGCGUGGCACGUGGUGACCACGAGCUGCGACUGGUCUUACAGUUUCAGUCCAGCUGGGCGCGCCGCAGUCGGUGACGAGCACCACCGGCUCGUCGCGAAGAAGCUGUCCAACUACUGCGCCUACCUGGUGGCCUUCGUGCCGGAGAUGCUGCCGGACCCCAGCUACAACGCCGAGCAGAUCUUCGACACGGCGGUGCAGCAGGCGCGGGACCACCUCGAUGGCUGCAGGACGCAGAGCAGCAUAGUCGCCAGGCUAGAGGGGAUAGAGGCCGCAGAGCGGCCGUACGUGCAGGAAAGUGGCACGUACGAUAGAGCCGCCGGCGCCACCGUCAUCGAGAGGGCGGCGGUGCUCUGGGGGCAGCUCAGGGCGGCCUUUGGCGGCGACGACGCGCGGCGGUGGGAAAUGCUUGCCGAGUUCUGGACGGAGCUCGUGCUGUUCCUCGCGCCGUCGGACAACGUGGACAUCCACGCCGAGAUGCUCGGCGCCGGGGGCGAGUUCAUGACGCAGCUGUGGGCGCUGCUGUCUCACGCCGGCGUCCUGGAGCGACCGCCGAUCAUGCAGAGGCAAUGA